CAGGACCACCGGAACUUCAACCCCGUCCCAAAAAUAGGUCACAUCAUCAAAACGACAAAACUUAUCAACCCCAAGUCAGCAUCCAGAGUCCAGACGGAACUACUUUGAAAAAAACUCAACUCCUCCACGAGCAAGAAAAGAAACAGGGAACAAAAAAACCAAGUCUCAAACUUUAGACUGAACGAGCCGAACGAACCCCUGAAAUUUCGAGUAGUGUCGCUGGGAACAAUACGCGAUGUCCAACCCGUCUUCGUCCUCUGUUAAUCAACAGGCCCCAUCAGAUCACAUCGACACCCAUAGCAAGGUGAACUCGUCAAGCCCAAACCAUCCUCCCGACAGUGUACUCAAUCUACCUAUUUUGGACCCGAUUCUAUCAGCAUACGCCCAACCCUCAAGUCUCCAUCCCCUCUCCAACGUGAACGCUGGUUUAGAUUACCUCUCGCUCGAAGAUGCCAAACUGUCGCCGAUCGCCGGAAGCCAAUCGGUCCUGCCGAAUCGUGGAUGGAGUGAUGAACUGUGCUACGGAACAGGGACGGUCUAUGUGGGCGGCCUAGCAUUCGGUGGUCUCUGGGGAUUCAAGGAAGGCUGGUCACGCAGUAAGGUCAUCGCUGCCGGUAGAGUCGCCAAAUCGAUGCCUACUUUCAACAGUCCCUCCAAGUCCGCCUCCGGUCUAUCGUCUGCUGGGUCCGCUGCUGGAAUGAGUACGGCUGCUUCGGGUGCCUCUGUUGGUGCGGGAUCGGCAACUCACUCAAGCUCAUUAGGCUCGAUCAGCUGGCGGUUGAGGUUAAACGCAAUCUUGAAUGGUAUCACCCGAAGGGGUAGUUUCACCGGAAAUACCUGCGGGAUUCUUGCUGUGAUGUACAAUGCUUUCAACUGUACGCUUGAUCGGCAACGAGGCCAACAUGAUCAAUGGAACUCGGUGAUAGCCGGAGGAUUAACUGGUGCUUUGUUUCGUUGCACAGCUGGAUUCCAAAAGAUGUUCAUUGCUUCUUCACUAAUGGCGGCGGGUGCCAUGGGCUGGUCAGCCGUCAAACCAAAACUGAUUCAUAAAUAAGGAUUUACCAGUGACCCAUGUCUCCGGUAUCUGUCGUUCUCCUUCCAUUUUCUUUUUGUGUUUCUCUUUGCUUAAUCUUCAUCUGCGAUGCAAAUUGUAUGCCUAAAUACAAAUAUAGAAAGGCAGCAUUGUGUUCACAUACUACCAUCCCCGCUCUGACUAGAAAGUACAAAUAUACCAUCAGGACUGGCAACAUGUUCAGUUCUAACCGGGCUUUUUGACCUGUGCUCCAAUUGUGCUGAUCCCAAAAUUAUCUUACGUACUUAAUUGACCUACA